CAAAUUACUAGAGUCAGUAAGGAGACAUUCUGGCAUAUAGAAAAUUUGAUUCGUGAUAAUCCAAUUUUUUUAAACAAAUCCAAACAUCAACAAAGACCAGUUUGGCAACAAUUAGCAGUAACUUUAGAACAAAUGGGAUGUAAUGGAAAUGGUGCUUCUGUUGAACGAUUUGCUAGACAAUGGGGCUUAGGAAUCAGUACUGUAGUUGAGUAUACAAAGCGUAUAGUAAUAGCUAUUAAUUCAAUUGGAAAUGCUUAUGUACAAUGGCCAGAUUCUGUUGAAUGGCAACAAAUUAGCAGCGGAAUAGAACAACUAUCAGGAUUUAAAGGUUGUAUUGGAUUUUUAGAUAGAACUGAUGUUGUACUUGAAUAUAAACUAUUCAAAGAUGGAUCUGUUACAGAUUCAACUGCUUAUAAAUCUACACCACUUUAUCAAGAGCCUAAUAAAUUUUUUAAUAAAUAUGAAUAUUUAUUAGCAGAUUGUGGUUAUCAGCUUACUCCAACAACAAUAAUUCCCUAUAAACAGCCACAAGCUAAUAUUUAUAUGAAUGCAAUUUUUAAUGAAAUAUUUGCUAAAGAACGUGUUCGAAUUGAACAUGUUAAUGGAAUUUGGAAAUGA